AUGAUCGCUUCGGAUGUUGCAAACACCAGCUAUGUACGCAUGAUGAAGAACGUCAAGCUUCCUGUUUCAGGAACGACAUACCGCUACGCCAUCAAUCCCCCAUUCGACAAGGAAAAGCCGUACCUCUUGUUCCUUCACGGCUUCCCAGAUACUUCGUACGGUUGGGUCAACCAGAUCGAAUACUUUACCAGGCGCGGCUACGGCAUCAUAGCCCCAGAUCUUCUAGGCACUGGUGGUACAGACAAGCCCGUCGAACUGGAGGCUUAUAGUCUGAAGACGAUGGCAUCUGAAGUUGCUGAACUACUCGACUGCGAAGGUCUUGACAAGGUAAUCGCAGUCUCGCAUGACCUGUAA